AUGAGAGUCACAAUUCCAUUGCUUCUGUGUCUGGUGACAGUUCAGGCGACGCCGAUCACUUCGGCAACUACCGAUGAUUUUCUCAGACUUCACCAGAAACUAACCAGCAAUUACAGUACCCACAUGCGUCCUGUUCUGAACCAGUCUGAGAGUUUGCCCGUUCGUGUGUCUACUCGUCUGUUGUCUGUGACGGGAGUGGACGAGCCUCGGCAACUGGUCACCAUCGUAUGUGCAGUCCGAUACAGCUGGUUUGACCCGUUCUUAACCUGGGACCCAGCUGAGUAUGGCGGAAUUGACGUCAUGUACCUGGAGCAGGACAACAUCUGGACACCAGACAUGUACCAGCUCCACUCCCCUGACGGGAGAGGAGUACUCACAGAGCUACCCACACAUCACAUAACUCUGCCUUCAGGUAAGGUGACCUACAGAUCAACAGGUACCUUCACGACGUUUUGCAACCUGGACAUGACCUACUUUCCUUAUGACCAACAGACCUGUUUGUUCAAGUUCGGGGUGUUGGAUGCCGUGCUGAAGAACGUUGAGCUCGUCUCAGACGGUGUUGAAGUGUCUCAGGAAUUCGUAGGCCACAUAGAGUGGGACGUGGAAGACAUGCAACUAGUCCAGGCCGUUUAUGGACGAGAGGACGAACAAUUUAGCGUUACGGAAGUUGUCGUGACACUUAGAAGACGUCCGAGGUAUUUCGAGGUGAGCAUGAUCGUACCUGUGUCUGUGGUGAGUUUCCUGAGCCUACCGAGUUUCUUGGUGUCCGCGGAGAGUGGAGAGAGGCUGAGUUACUCCCUGACUGUCCUCCUCUCUCUAGCAGUCUACGUGAGCAGCACCAGCAGUCUCAUGCCUCACUCGUCCAUCAAACUGCCGCUCUUACUGCUCUAUUUGCUCAUGCUUUUUCUACUCAGCUCUCUGUGUGUACUCAUCAACGUGUUACUCAUAUAUCUUCGCCGUACUGGCAAGGUGCUGACAGCAGCUCAUUGCUUGGACGGUCAGUCUGUGUACAAUUUGAGGGUCGGACUUGGCUGGCAUCAACUGACAACACCACAUGGCAGCGAGCAGAUUCAUAACAUUGCCUCCAUAUCGGUGCACAAGGACUACAACCCUAACGCUGGCGGUUACCCUAACGACAUCGCGAUUUUGACGCUGGAAAACGCGGCACAACUUAACAAUUACGUUGGUCUGGCUAAGUUAGCCAAAUCAGAUUCCUCCUUUGCCUAUCAGUCCUGCAUCAUUUCCGGUUGGGGACAACUCUCUGGCAGUGGCGGAUCGGCGGACUUCCUGAAGCAGGCUUCCAUCACAAAGAUCACCAACGCCGAUUGUCUCGACCUAUGGGAUGGCGUUCCCGGGGCCAGGAUCUACGACACUCACAUCUGCGUGUAUGAGCAGCCCAAAUCCUCAUGCAGCGGUGACAGCGGUGGCCCGAUGAUCUGUGACGGAUAUCUAGCCGGCGUGACGUCAUGGGGUGUGAGUUCCUGCGACGGUACCUUCCCCAGCGUAUAUGUCCGAGUGUCCGAGUUCCUUUUCUGGAUCGAGAACCAGCUGUGAAGUGAAUCUGAAGUCACCACAGAACGCUGGAGCAACUCACUCAAAGGCUGUGUAGACGGUUAUGCAAAACGUUUUAAAAAGAUAAUUUUUCAAAUUGGGUUUAGGCACUUCACUGACAUGCAAAGGAUUACUCUUUAGUCCUACUAAAGAUCCCCCAAACCAUCUCUAUUCAGUCAGUGGAGGGGUAAAAAUGAAAAUUAACAAUUAGACGGGCUUUUGUUUGUUUGUUUGUUUGUUUGUUUGCUUCUUACGUAUUUUUGUUUUGUUUUUGAUAUUGUAUUUUAGAGAGGGAAUGCUAAAAGAGACGCAUUCUUAAAGAUCGGUGCAUUGUGUUUGAUAAAGCGUGAGCGUUUAGCAUUUUAGUCUGACAACCUUAUUGACGUGGAAUCUUGUCAAAAGAGAUUCCUCAAUGAGUGCUGCUCCUGGACUAUUUUCUGUCUUUUAAAAGACAAUUCAUACGUCUUGGAUCCUGUCUGAAAACAAUAAAACCCUUUAAAUUCUUUA